AUGGCCAACACUACAGUCCAGCUCCUCGGUUUCAUCUUGAGCCUGCUUGGGUUUGUGGGAACUGUAGCUGCCACUCUGCUCCCACACUGGCGAUGCUCAGCCUACAUCGGUUCAAACAUUAUCACGGCCACUGCCUACAUGAAAGGCCUGUGGAUGGAAUGUGUAUGGCACAGCACGGGCAUCUAUCAGUGUGAGCUGUAUAGAUCUUUACUGGCGCUGCCACAGGACAUGCAGGCUGCCCGUGCACUCAUGGUGCUCUCCUGUGUCACAUCCGUCCUGGCAAUUGUGGUUUCUGUCAUGGGGAUGAAGUGCACCUACUUUGCCCAAGGCUCAUUAAUCAAGUCUCCCUUAGUCACUAGCGGAGGGAUAUGUUUUCUCUCUGCCGCUUUACUCUGCUUGACCACGGUGUCUUGGACCACCAAUGAUGUAAUCACAGAUUUCUAUGACCCCCUCCUUCCAAGUAGCAUGAAAUACGAGAUCGGGCUGGCGGUGUAUCUCGGUUACGCAUCAGCCUGCCUCAGUUUGUGCGGAGGACUGGUCCUGUGCUGGAGCAGCAGCGGUGCACGGCCGCAGAGGCAUCCCCAAAGGCAAAGGAGUCAGCCGUCAUCCCCUCCUCCGUACAUCAACAAUACCUAUCCAGCGGCUCCUCCCUAUAAUCCUACAGAGGCUCUCAAGGGCAAUUGUGCACCCUCACUUUGCUCGGCCUCCAGCAGUGGUUACAGACUGAAUAAUUAUGUAUAAUGUGUCUGUGGAAAUCAUGUUUAACACCAGCUCACCUGAGCAUCACAUAGAAUUGAAAUACAGUACUGAAUGACAACAGUCAAGUGAACUUUUCAGGAGCAACUUAUCCCAUCACGCUGCAAUGUGGGUAAAGUACCACUAGAGGGCGGCGUUUCGCCAUCCAAGUUGUACUGCUGUCACAGUACAUGUUGAUGCGCUCAUUUUCUUCUGAUAUUUAGAUUGAAACACCAACCCGAAAGGCACUGCAUACUGCUUAAUACUGUCCGUUUUAGGAAUACUUUGUAGCUCGGUAAGAUCAGGAAAUAUAUUCAUGUAGAUUUGUUUCCUUCACCGCGUCAUUGGACAACAUUAAAGUGUGUCCCAUUCAAUGCCAUCAUUUCAUCUAUCAUUUUCUUGAUGCAUAUGAUUUUGUUUCACUGACCCAAUCAUUGUAACGAUAUAUAUAUUUUUUUAACCUGUAUGUAGUGUUCUCUCACAAAGCAUUCAUUCGGCUGCACCCGCAAAAAAAAAAAAAAAAAACGAUAUGAACAAUGGCCGCUCCCAAUUAGACCCGAGCGGUGUGCACGUCAGCCUGUCAACUGCACGGCAGCUAAAUUACGGUACCAGUCAUAACAUUGCCGCCAACAGCUGUCACGAUAGCAGUCCCACAAUAUUUAUAUUAAGGAGAGGCCAUUGAUUAACCGUACGGUCCUUUAUAUAAAAUAUCCUUUAUUUGUCCCACACUGGGGAAAUUUACAAAAAUAGAAAUAAAUAUAUAUACAGCGUAUAUGUUUUUUUUAAUGAACUGAGUUUUUCUUCAGCACUUUUCCUUUAUGAAAUAAAGUAUUUCAAUUCUUUUUUGAGAA